UUAUUACAUCCCAUUAUGUCUGCCCCAGGAGGUCAUUAUUCCCCAGGCAUCUCUGCUAGGAGAUAAGUAUCCCAUUUUUUCAGCCCUAGUAGGUGACUACUGCCCAUUGUAUCAGCCCCAGGAGGCUUUCAAGGAGAUGUAUGGUUCCAGGAAAAUGACUGAGUCGCCUACUCGAAGAACAGACGGUCAAUUCUGCUCAGAUUAUUCCUGAAGAGAUCAAAGUUAUGCGUAGCCUAGAGAAGGGAGACACCCUGGAUUUUGACCUAAGAAGAGGCCUUCCCUACUUCCUCAGCCGAGAGAGAGGAUUUUCAGUCUCUCCCAAAGGGCCCCUUGAACUCUGGAACUCCUGGAUUCCGCCUGUGAGCUGGAGGGGCUGUCGAUGCGCUGUGUGAUGUCAGCAGGCUUUGUGAGGCACCCGACGCUGCAUUAUGAGCACUACAGCGCAACAGGGCCACCCAGCACGGUCAGGUGUUGCCUGGCAUCCAGGCACCUCAAAUUCUGCCAUCCAGAAAAAUAUUACAUCUUUCGGAUCCUUUGUCAUAUCCUGCCUGACUUCAGCUAUGUCUGUGCCUGGGAAGUACAUCAGUCACAAAGCAGCUAGCGCAGGAAAUUAAAAAAUGGAUCAUGGAUGACACUAAGUUUACAAUGAGAAAGGUUAUAAUUCCAUGUUUAUUCUGUGUGUCCUUGACAUUUGGGAUCUGGGCAACUCUGUUUUCAAUGUAUAUGCACCAUAACCAUGCGAGCGACCAUCAGAACAGAAGCCAGGAGCCUAUAUCAGCUUGGUCCCUUGGACAAAAUGUGCAGCAACAAAUUAUCCAUGACUCAGAGCAAAUAUCAAAACCACAUGUAAAAGUCAAACAUGAGCCUGAAGAACUGCAACCAUUGGUUAUAUCUAAUGAGGAUUUUAACUAUUCGGACCCAGAAUUUCUUGGUGGAUUUUUAAAGUAUGGAUUUAAUACCAUUAUCAGUAGAAGUGUGGGCUUUGAGAGAGCUGUACCAGAUACCAGGCAUAAAAUGUGUCGUCAAAAGCAUUACUCAUUCCAUCUACCUUCUGCCAGUGUCAUCAUCUGCUUCCAUAAUGAAGAAUUUAAUGCCUUGCUUCGGACAUUAUUCAGUGUUGUGAAUCUCACUCCAGAUAAUUUCCUUGAAGAAAUUAUUUUGGUAGAUGACAUGAGUGAAUUUGAUGAUUUGAAAGAAAAACUAGACUAUCACUUGGAAAUUUUUCGAGAAAAGAUUAAGUUAAUAAGAAACAAAGAGAGAAAGGGGCUGAUUCGAGCAAGGCUGAUUGGAGCAUCUCGUGCAUCAGGGGACGUGCUGGUGUUCCUGGACAGCCACUGUGAGGUGAACAGAGGCUGGCUGGAGCCCUUGCUGGCCGCCAUCGCCAAGGACCCCAAAAUGGUGGUGUGCCCUUUGAUAGAUGUCAUUGAUGAGACAACCCUGGAAUAUACGCCCUCUCCUGUUGUACGGGGAGCCUUUGACUGGAACCUACAAUUUAAAUGGGAUAAUGUUUUCUCCUAUGAGAUGGACGGACCAGAUGGACCUACUAAACCAAUCCGGUCACCUGUAAUGGCUGGAGGAAUUUUUGCUAUAUACAGGCAUUAUUUCAAUGAAAUUGGACAGUAUGACAAGGGCAUGGAUCUUUGGGGAGGGGAAAAUUUGGAACUUUCCCUAAGGAUCUGGAUGUGCGGCGGCCAGCUCUUUAUAAUGCCCUGCUCUCGAGUAGGACAUAUCAGUAAGCAAAACCUCAAAUACCGUGAAAUCUUGAAAGCCGUGCAACGUAACUAUCUACGACUGGUGCACGUUUGGCUGGAUGAGUACAAGGAUCAGUUUUUUCUUCGAAGACCUAGUCUAAAAUUCUCUACCUAUGGAAACAUUAGCGAGCGUGUUGAAUUAAGGAAGCGAUUGGGUUGCAAGUCAUUUCAGUGGUAUUUGGAUACUGUCUUCCCAGAGUUGGAGGUAUCUGUGGAUAGCAGAUGAAGGGAAAACAAAUCAUUUUCAUGAAGAGAGGGUUAAUGAAGUCCUUCAACACAGUGGCAUUGGAGUACAAGUUUGGAAUAUCAUGGAAUUAUGUGAAAUGCAUAUGAAAUACAACCAGAGUGGUCUACAUACAACA